CAAUAUCACUAUUUUAUUCCCCUUUCAAUUUCUUCACUUUCUCUACCCACAGCUAUACCAAAAAACACACUACCAAUAGUACUAGUACCAUUUUCACUGCAAUAUUCUGAUAAAACUCACAGUUCACUCUUUCUUCUUUCUCAUUCCUCUGUUCCAAUAACCCAUAAUUAUUUUUCACUUUUUUUAAAAAAGCGAUUUGGACUUACAAAAAAAAAAGCACUAGCCAUGGAUAUUGAUAUGCUUAAAUCAUCAGCAGCUUCUGAAGAUCAAAUGGAAAUGAUGCUCAUGAUGCAAUUGGAGAAAUUUCCUGACUUUUAUACUGGUAACUGUUCCGAAUUACCAAUGAUGGAGUUUAGUCCACAAGGAAGCUGCAACAGCAGCAACAACAACAACAACAACUACAAUUUCCAACAAAUUGAUCAAAAUUCACCUAAUUUCCUCAACAUGCCUUCUACUAUUUCAUUCACAAACUCACCUCCAAUUCAUCAAAAUCCUAAUUUCUUACCCAAUUCGGGUGGAUUUACUUCGAAUUCGAUGAAUCGAAGCAAUAUGGCAGCAAUGAGGGAAAUGAUAUUCAGAAUUGCAGCAAUGCAGCCAAUUAACAUCGAUCCUGAAUCUGUUAAACCACCAAAGAGAAGGAACGUGAAGAUAUCGACGGAUCCACAGAGCAUUGCGGCGCGACACAGGAGAGAAAGGAUAAGUGAAAGGAUAAGAAUAUUACAGAGAUUAGUACCAGGAGGAACAAAAAUGGAUACUGCAUCAAUGUUAGAUGAAGCAAUACAUUAUGUGAAAUUUUUGAAAAAUCAAGUGCAAUCACUGGAAAGGGCAGGUGCAACUAGGCCAGCUAAUGGUACUGCUGUUACUGCUGCUGCUGCUGCAGGAUUAGGAUUCCCUGUACCAAUGUCUUUGAGUGGGAAUUAUUAUAAUUUGCCUGUGAGUUCAAAAAAUUAUCAUCAUCAAAAUAUUCAACGAUAUGCAGAUGUUUAAUUAAUUAGUAGUAUAAAUUGAAGGAAUUUGUGGGGUUGUAAAUUAGAAACCAUGCAUGUUGUAUUGGGUAGAAGAAUAAUUGAUACUUACUAUAUAUUAUAACCAUGGUAUAUAGAGACCCCUAUUGAUCUGUUAAUAAAACUUUAU